UUAAUAUACGCAUUUAUUUUUUAGGAAGAAUUUAUUUAAACUAUUAUGCAUAAAAAAUGUAAGUGUAUUAUUAACAUUCUAUUCAAAAAAAAUAUUUAUUUUCAUUCCUACCAUAAGUUUAGUGCGCUCUCAUACAUUCCUACCAUAAGUUUAGUGCGCUCUCAUAUAUCCUAGAAUCAAAUUAUUUAAUUGUUAUUGCUAAGAUUUAGUUUGAGAUUUAUCAAUCGAAUAACUGAUAUUUAUUUAAAUAUAAAUAGCUUAUAAAAUGUUUUUGCUUGCAGAAUUUCGUUUAAAUGAUUUAGAGAUUUUAUUCACAAAAUUUUCAGCUGAUAAAAUGACAACGCUUAAAAAUAUUACCCCAAAUAAAGAAGCUAUGCUUCUUUCAAUGAAGAAACAAUUAAAAGAUAAUAUAAGUUCUAUAAUUGACAAUUUUUCUGAGAUUGUCAAAAUAGCUAAGAUUGAAGAAAUUGGACAAGUAUCAAAAUCAACCCAAAAUGAACAAGAAUUAUUUGAAGCUCAAGUUAGAGCUGCAAAUAUGGUUAGGGCUUCACAAUCUUUGUUGAAAUUAAUAUCUGACCUCAAACUUUUAUACAUAUUAAAUGAUUUUAAAUCAAUAAAUGAGAGUGUAGCUCAUAAUUGUCAGGAAUUUAAAAGUUUACAAUUAGAUUGUAAUGAAAAGUUAAAGAUAAUUAGAGAAGAAAUGACUUCACAUUUAUAUGAACUUGAAGAUGAAUAUUACUCAUCUCUAUAUAAAUAAUUCUAAUUAUGUAUACUUUUUAUACUAAAUAUUGACAUUAGAAUAGCUGAUAUUAU